GUGAAGACGACCGCACCAACCAACCUCCUGAAACACAUUAGACUCGUGUAUAUAUAGAGAGACACACACAGUAAGAGAGAGAGAGAGUUUGAUUCUUGAUAGAGAGAGCACAUUGAGAGUCACAGACUUGGCACUGAUCAAACAUUUUAACAUGAUCGUAGUCAUAGAGCUAUACAUAUACACUUUUAUACAUCUCUGUUUUUGUAAUAAUUGACUCCAUUUUUGAGCUCAAAUGGAGAAAAUCUUCGCCAACUACGAGCUCAAAGCUUGUGGUAUAGUUUAGGUCUCAAAGUGUGUCCCACUUUCUCUCUCUAGAGGACCUGUUUUUCUUCUCUCUCUAUACUUCUUUCUCUCUAGAAUGAGUUGCAGGAGGAUGAUUGCGGGGAACUUGGAUCCGGAGAGGAAGAGGAGCAGGGGAUUGAGGACGAAACAGGCGGGACGAGGAUCGUGCCGUGGAAGUUAGGCCGGAAAUCCGAGUUGCAGGGAAAUUUGUGAUCUCCGGCACUGAAAUUUCUCUCUCUAUAUCUAUAUCUAUAUCUAUCUGUUACCCUGCACGGUCAUCUAAUUUCAGUUUGUUGAUUCACUGUUCCAUCAAAGUUCAAAGUCUCGUCGCGAUUCGGACCCAUGGGGUAUCGGUUGAAAGAAGCUUUGAAGACUCUCUGUGCCAAUAACCAGUGGUCUUAUGCUGUUUUCUGGAAGAUCGCUUGCCAAAACCCUAAGCUUCUAAUUUGGGAAGAAUGCUAUUAUGAACCCUCACCAAGUUCUGCUCUUCCACAUAUUUCUGGAAUUCACAACCCAGAAAUUGGUUUUGAAGAUUGGGAAGCAUGCUGGAUUUCUGCCGAAGCUCGAACUUCUAAGCCUGGGGUUCAAGCAGAGGACAAAGUUAAUUUACUCAUAAACAAGAUGAUGAUGGACAACCUGAUUAACGUAGUCGGAGAAGGACUAGCAGGGCGGGCUGCAUUUACAGGAAAUCAUCAGUGGAUUCAUUCAGAGAACUACUUUACGGAAGUCCAUCCACCAGAGGUUCUAAAAGAGUUGGGCCAACAAUUCUCAGCUGGCAUGCAGACAGUUGCAAUUAUUCCUGUUCUUAAACAUGGUAUUGUCCAACUUGGUUCAUCCUUUGCUAUUAUGGAGAAUAUGGGAUUUGUGCAUGGUGUAAAAACUUUGAUUCUUCAACUAGGAUGUGUUCCUGGUGCUUUAUCAUCUGACAAUUAUACAGCAAAAGAACCUUCUCCAAAUAUUGGGUUCCCCUUCCAUCCUGGAAAAUCUGUUUCUACUGAUUUAUCUGGGAAUUAUAAGAUGACAAACCGUAUUCCUUUUGUUGCUGACAGCUUCAACCAACAAAGCAUCUCAUCUCAGGCUUUAGAGCUUGUUGGUCAUCCUUCUCAGUCUCUAACUGGACGGAUGCAGGAUAACUGGCAGACUGCUGCUUCCACAUUUCAAAUGUCUGACCUGGCUCAAAAAUUGGUUAAAUCCCAUGGUGACCUCUGCCAAUCAAAAAUUAUUCCAGUGAUGAAACCCGGUCUACCUUUUAGAAACCAACUAGAAAACAGAGUGACAGGAGCUGAAGUCAUACCCUCAAAUCCAGCAGUAUUGCUGAACCAGCGGGCUUCUUUGUGCAUUCAAGAGCCUGGAUUUGAUCAACAACCUUGUGAACUUGGCCCAUCAUCUGCAAAUUAUAGCAGCUUAAGGUUAAAGGAAGAACAUAUCUUGUCAAGUGGUGGUGCACAAGAGCAUGCUAACGACAGUUUCAGUGCAUUCAGUGGCUUUAUGACGCCUUGUCUGGGCACUAAUGGAGGUUUAAUUUCUAGUUCCCAGAAUGAUUCUGUUACUAACACAUCGCCUGAAAAAAGUCGGUUACAGAUUGGAGUGACUAGUCACCCGAGAUCAAUUUUAAAUCCAUGUUCUCUUCCAAAUGCAGACACAGCAGCUAAUACUAAUAUCUCUUGCACACAUCUUGCUGGAAGUGGGCUUCAAAAUGCUUGUUCAUCUGAAACAAUGGUGCCAACUGAUCAGAUGGACAGUUCGACUACCAAUCACUUACUCUCAGGUAGCUCUGAUGGUAGACAGAAUGCUACAGAUGACAUGUGUACUCAAAUUGAAUUGGCUCAGAGGAAAGGAAAAAUUGACAGUGAUUUGUUUCAAGCCCCUAGCAUCCCGUUGGCCCAUCUGGUUGAGCAUAGGGAAUCGAGUGAGCAUAUUCCUGGUUUUCUUCAUGAUAUCCAAAAGCAUGACUAUGACACUUGGAGUCCAAGACAUAAAAAUGCUAACUAUGAUGAUGCAUCUGUCAAAUCUCCAUCAGGGAAUGACUUGUUUGAUGUCUUGGGUGUGGAUUUUAGGAACAAACUAUUUAAUGACGGUCAGAAAAAACUUCUAAAUAUUGGGCAAGAGUCGGACAAAUUGUUUUUGGGAAAGAACAAUUUUACAUCUACGGAACUUCAGGAUGCAGGUUCUGAUUUAUAUUCGGUUAAGGGAGGAAACUCAGUGAAUGGUAUUUCCUCACUGAUUGGCUCAGACCAUCUAUUAGAUGCUAUUGUCUCUAGAAUUCACUCUGCUGCCAAUAAAAACCCAGCUCACAAUAGGUCUUGCAGAACAACAUUGACAAAGACUAAUAGCUCUUCUAUUCCUAAUGCAGCUCCCUCCUAUGGUCAGGUUACUGUAUCUGUCCAGAUGCAAGGAGAGUUGUUUGGCCAUCCCAAGUCUCUGGCAAAAGCAGAGACAGUAGGACCUUGUUCAUUUAGGUCUGAGUGUGCAAAGGAAGAUGUAGGAAAGCACUCCCAGAUGAGCUCCAAUUAUGGAUCUCAAAUCAGUUCGUGGGUUGAUCAGGGUGAUAAUAUGGGGCUCAAUAGUAGUGUUUCAACUGGAUAUUCUAAGAGGUCUGACGAAGUUGGCAAAUCAAAUCGUAAAAGGCUUAAACCUGGAGAGAACCCUAGACCCAGGCCAAAAGAUCGACAAAUGAUCCAAGAUCGCGUGAAAGAAUUAAGGGAAAUUGUGCCAAAUGGAGCAAAAUGUAGUAUUGAUGCACUGCUGGAACGUACCAUAAAGCAUAUGCUCUUCUUGCAAAGUGUCACAAAACAUGCAGACAAGCUAAAACACGUGGGGGAAUCCAAGAUUAUUGAUAGGGAAAACAGACUAGUAUUAAAAGACAACUUUGAGGGAGGAGCAACGUGGGCAUAUGAAGUUAGCUCACAAUCUAUGGCCUGCCCUAUUAUAGUUGAGGAUCUGAAUCUGCCUCGUCAAAUGCUUGUGGAGUUGCUUUGUGAAGAACAAAGUCUGUUUCUGGAAAUAGCUGAUGUAGUUAGAGGAUUGGGAUUAACCAUCUUGAAGGGAGUGAUGCAAAUCCAGAAUGGCAAGAUGUGGGCACACUUUGUAGUAGAGGCUGACAGGGAUGUGACAAGAAUGGAAAUAUUUCUCUCUCUCGUUCGCGUUCUGGAGCAAACUGUUAAGAGCUGCUCAGGAUCAGUCAACGGCAUCGGUAAUGAUAACAUGAUUGUCCACCAGUCUCUUCACCAAGCCACCUCCAUACUUGCAACUGGUAAGGCAUGUAGUUUGCGUUGAGCCACCUGCUAUUUGGCUUUUGGUUCUGGAUAUGUUGAGAGCAAGCACAGUUGUUGCCUGCCAUGACCAACAUAAUUCCCAGACCGAUACCUCUGGUGGGAUCAACUCCAAUCGACAUCUUUGUCUCCCGGAGGCUAUAUCGUGACUGACCUCACUUCAGACCUUGGGGAAUUCAAAUUGGUUUAGGUAAUGUUACGGUCCUCGAGAACUUACAUUUGCAUGUUGUUUCCCGACAAAGAUAUUUCAAUGUACCAGUCAAAUACUUUAGAAUUACUUCUUAAUUAAGAAAUGGUCAUCAGUUGUCUCUUCCGGUGGUAGCCUUGAAUAUUGGAGAGGGGUUACGGGAACAACUUGUUUGUAAUGAACUUGUUCACAAAUGUAUUAAAAAUUUAAAAUUAUGUGAAAUGAAAGGAAUGGUGAGGCACUUAUAUAUCAGUCUUUUUCUU